UAAUAAUUAACGACAAGGAUACUCCUCGAACCAGAAAAAAUAACAAAGACACAGUGGUCAACCGUCUUCCUCUAACAAAUAAGAGAGUGUCUGUCUGGCACCUUUGACUCCGAGACUAUCUUCGCUUCGCCAUUCCUUGAUUUGACUUCACUAUCCAUUCCAUUCCGAUUCCCUUUCCCUACCUUCAUUUCCUUUGCUUUUCACUUUUCGCUAUAUCACUACAAGAGAGAUGCAUCGCCGCUAACCUAAAACAACCUCCACGCCCACCGAAGCAAUGAAGGCGCAACCACCAGACGGUGCCGCCGCCGUCGCACCCAACGCCGGCGAAGGAGGAGAGAAGAAAACCAUAAACGCUGAGCUAUGGCAAGCUUGUGCGGGGCCGCUUCUCAACCUGCCUUCGCCUGGAACUCACGUCGUUUACUUCCCUCAAGGCCACAGCGAACAGGUAGCAGCGUCUUUGAAGAAAGACGUGGAUGCUCAAGUCCCGAACUAUACCAAUCUCCCCUCCAAGAUACCCUGUCUUCUUCACAAUGUCACGCUGCAUGCAGAUCCAGACACGGAUGAAGUAUAUGCUCAGAUGACACUUCAGCCGGUUCCUUCUUUUGACACGGAUGCGUUGUUAAGAUCGGAUAUCUUUCUCAGGUCGAGUAAGCCACAACCUGAGUUUUUCUGUAAACAACUGACGGCAAGUGAUACGAGUACCCAUGGAGGUUUCUCUGUACCCCGCCGUGCUGCAGAGAAGAUUUUCCCUCCUCUUGAUUACUCUGUGCAACCUCCUGCCCAAGAACUUGUAGCCCGGGAUUUGCAUGAUAAUGUUUGGAGAUUCCGCCAUAUAUAUCGUGGACAACCAAAACGACACUUGCUUACGACUGGAUGGAGUCUAUUUAUCGGUGGAAAAAGGCUUUUAGCUGGUGACUCUGUUUUGUUUGUAAGAGAUGAAAAGCAGCAGCUUCUUUUGGGUAUAAGACGAGCUAAUAGGCAACCCUCCAAUUUAUCAUCUUCGGUACUAUCAAGUGAUAGUAUGCACAUUGGAGUUCUUGCUGCAGCUGCUCAAGCUGUUGCAAACAAUAGUCCCUUCACCGUGUUCUAUAAUCCUAGGGCUAGUCCCUCAGAAUUUGUUAUUCCUUUAGCCAAGUACUCCAAGGCAGUGUAUAGCCACCAUAUAUCACCUGGUAUGCGCUUCCGAAUGAUGUUUGAAACUGAAGACUCAGGAACAAGAAGAUAUAUGGGUACAAUCAUAGGUGUCAGUGAUCUGGAUUCUGUGAGAUGGAAAAAUUCACUAUGGCGUAAUUUGCAGGUUGGUUGGGAUGAAUCAACUGCUGAGGAAAGGCAAAGUAGGGUCUCAGUCUGGGAAAUUGAACCUGUGACUACUCCAUAUUUCAUCUGCCCGCCUCCUUUCUUCAGAUCCAAGAUACCUAGACUACUGGGAAUGCCAGAUGAUGAGCCUGAUUUCAACAACCUUUUCAAGAGUACAGUUCCCUGGCUUGGUGAUGAUAUGUGCGUAAAGGGUCCCCAAGCUCUCCCUGGCUUGAGCUUAGUUCAAUGGAUGAACAUACAGCAAAAUCCUGCUCUUGCUAGCUCAUUGCAGCCAAAUUGUGGGCCUUCCAUGUCUGGAUUGGUUCUGCAAAAUCUUCCUGGUGCAGAUAUUGCAAAUCCGCUGGGGUUUUCUACCUCACAAAUCUCUCAAUCAAACAAUGUAUCUGUCGAUGCUCAGAAUAUACUUCAGACUUCCCAGCAACUCGAUCACAUUCAGAAGCCACCAUGCCCAUCCAGUGCAUUGGGAGCAGUCACACAGCCGCUGCAGCAGUUGGGUGAUAUCACUCAACAACCAAGGAACUUGACAAAUCAAACUUUACCACACGAUCAAGCUCACACCCAACUUCUGAAUCCCCAGAGAGUUGUCCAAACUAACAAUAUUCAUCAACAGCAACAAUCGUCCAUUCAAAAGCAACAACUGCUUAGAAGCUUGUCUCAGAACCGAGCUCAGAAGCAUCAACAAACUACAUUGGGUUUGAAUGAACGGCAAAUUGUGUUUCAAUCCCCUAUGCCCGAUCAUUUUAAUCAACAAUUACAAAUGUCUGACAAUCAGGUUCGGUUUCAGUUGUUACAGAAGCUUCAACAGCAACAACAGACACUCUUGGCACAGCAGUCUGCAUUGCAGCAGCCUGCUCUAAUUCAAAUCCAAGACCAGCAGAGGCAGCUUUUAGACGUUGCAAACAACUCUAGUUCCCCAAUUCCUGGUCAAGUACUGGAAAAUCUUCCUACGCUUCAAAACUCACUCCCUGAGGCUAAUUCUAUCACCCAUCAGAUAACAAUGCCAAGUAGCCAGAAAAAUUUUCAUUACUCUCAUCUAUCUCAGCAACCUGCCUUGCUGUCUGAAAUGUCUGGCCAUGUUGGACUUCCCCCUACAGUUACAACCAAUCCACUUUCUGCUUCUGGUGGAAGUAUACUGACUGGCGUGGGGCAAUCGGUAAUUACUGAUGAUGUUCCAUCUUGUUCCACUUCACCUUCCACAAAUAACCGUGCCAGUGUACUUCCUCCGGUGGUAAGUUCCCAGAUCCAUAGGAGCACAACAAUAGGGGAUGACAUGGCUCAGUCUGCUGUCACGAUCUCGGGUGCAAGUACCCUAGAAACCAUGUCAUCUAAUGCAAACAUUGUCCAGCCGAAGUAUGAAGUAAAGGCUUCUUUAAAUAUUUCAAAAAAUCAGAAUCAAGGGAAUGUUGCCCCUCAGACAUACUUGAAUGGUGUUGUUCAGACAGACUAUUUGGAUUCAUCAUCUUCUACAACAUCACUUUACCAUUUUCGGAGUGAUACUCAUAUGCAUCAGAAUACCAACCCAUUUUCUUACAAUCCACAGUUGGUUUAUUGUAGAGACAAUAGUCAAAAUGUUGAAGUUCAGGCUGAUGCUAGGAACAAUGUUCUGAUUGGCAAUAACGUUAAUGGCCAAAUGGGAAUGCCAUCGAAUCUAGAUUCUCUUUUAACCAAAGGCACAGUGGGGCUGGGGAAGGAGUUGUCUAAUAAAUUUGCCUCCGGAGGCUUGCUUAGAGACUUAGAAAAUAACAAAGGUGUUCCGCCAGAAAUUUCAUCUUCAAUGGUUUCACAGACAUUUGAAGUCCCUGAUAUGAGCUUCAAUUCAAUUGAUUCUACAAUAGAUGGUAGUAGCUUCUUGAAUAGGGGUCCAUGGGAUCUGCCACCACCACCUCCACCACAACAACAACAGGUUCAACGGAUUAGAACAUACACCAAGGUAUAUAAACGUGGAGCUGUGGGAAGGUCCAUAGACAUAACACGAUAUUCAGGUUACGAGGACCUUAAACAGGAUCUGGCUCUUAGGUUUGGUAUUGAGGGACAGCUGGAGGAUCUACAAAGGAUUGGUUGGAAACUUGUAUAUGUAGAUCACGAGAAUGAUGUUUUACUUGUGGGAGAUGACCCUUGGGAGGAGUUUGUUAACUGUGUCCGCUGCAUUAAAAUACUUUCUCCUCAAGAAGUUCAACAAAUGAGCUUGGAUGGAGAUUUUGGCAAUGGUGGCCUUCCAUAUCCAGCAGGCAGCAGCUCUGAUGGUGGGAAUGCUUAAAUGGCAUCCAGGAAUCUGCUAAUUAUUCUUCCAUGUUAGUAACUUACAUCGUUUUUAGGACAUAUUCAUCAGUGUUGUCCAAAAGGUUGUGGGGUCGGUCGGCAGAUGAUUUUGUCCUGCUGCAGCAGGCUGGGUAAUAUUUGCGGUUAUAACUUAUAAGGAGAAAUUUGUCUCUGCCAUGUACAGGCGAAUUUGAAGAGCCAAAAGAAGAAAAAGGUGGAAAAAUUUGCUGCCCUCAAUCUACGACUUACAUUUAAGGUUGUUAACCUGGUGAUGAAUGAGAUACUUGGACCACACGCACAUGGCACAUCCCAACAAAGAUGUGUUAAGCCAUAUGCAUGUGAUGACGUUGAAAAGUUGAGCAGAAGUUCUCUUGGCAGCGUUUGAAAUAUGUAUUAAAUGCAGCGUACUGUAGAAAGAAAGGCUGAAAUAUCACGGCAUAGUUCAGUGUAUAAAAGUAGGUUUCUUGUGCGGUCUUUAAAAGGAGUUAUUGACAUCUGAAUUGAAAGGUGGCUUUUUGGUUUUUUGUAAAACACUAGGCAGCUAGAUAUGUAUUGUAUGGCCGACUAUAUAUUGAAGCAUCAAAUACAGAAUGCAUUGUUUUGCUGCAAAAAUAGUCCAUCAAAUUAACUGGGGACCUCGGCUGACUUGCAUUUUUUUUUUUUUAUAAAUCAUAAAUGUACCCGAUCAAAUCAUGUUCUUCAUCAAUUGACUAUUCUUCAUGU